AUCUCUGUUUUUCUUAGUCCAAGGUUGUUUUCGUCCUGAUGAACUCACCCGCCCCCCGUCCCUCCCCUGCUGAGAAUCGUAGUUGUGAAUGUGACUGGGCCAGUUUGUGUCGUUAAUAUCGCCGAGGUUAGGGUCGGGGUGGGGAAACACACACACGGGUCUUUUUCGCAGUUUGCACCGCAGAGAACCAUGGCUUCUGCCGCGUUACUGGGAGAGCCGGGCCGGCCUCAUCAUCGCCCUUUCCUGAUCGGCGUGAGCGGCGGAACUGCCAGUGGCAAGUCGACAGUAUGUGCGAAGAUCAUGGAGCUCCUUGGCCAGAACGAGGUGGACCAUCACCAGCGCAAAGUGGUCAUCGUGAGCCAGGACCGCUUCUACAGGGUGCUGACCAUCGAGCAGAAAGCCAAGGCACUCAGGGGCCAGUACAACUUUGACCACCCAGAUGCUUUUGAUAAUGAGCUGAUGUAUAAAACGCUGAAAGAUAUCGUGGAGGGAAAGACAGUCGAGGUGCCCACGUACGAUUGUGUAACCCAUUCCAGGCUGCAGGAGACGAUGACGGUGUACCCAGCUGACGUGGUCCUGUUCGAAGGGAUCCUGGUGUUCUACUCUCAGGAAAUCAGGGAUAUGUUUCACCUGAAGCUCUUUGUGGACACAGACUCCGACGUGAGGCUGUCCCGCAGAGUUCUGCGAGACAUGAAGAGAGGGAGGGACUUGGAGCAGAUCCUGACUCAGUACACCACCUUCGUGAAACCAGCAUUCGAAGAGUUCUGCUUGCUGACUAAGAAAUAUGCAGACGUGAUCAUACCUCGAGGUGUGGAUAACAUGGUUGCCAUCAACCUAAUUGUCCAGCACAUCCAGGACAUCCUCAAUGGAGACAUCUGCAAAUGGCAGCGAGGAGCGGUGAAUGGCCGUGGGUUGAAGAGGGCUCUGUCGGAACAAGGAGGCGUGGCUAACGGGAUUCCAAACCCACCGGGCAAGCGGGUUCUAUUGGAGCCCAGCAGCCGACCCCAUUGAGAGACGCACAGACGCUCCAUCCCCCGGGGAUGAGCUGGGGUGCUGCUUACCCCACAGCACAGGGACGCUCUGUGAGAAAACAAGGCAACUGCAUUGGCCUACUCUCUCUCUCUCAAUCUCGCUGGACAAGCUCAAAUAGAGACGAUAAAAACUAAGAACCAGCAACGAUGAAUAAGGGAUUGUUUCAAAAUCAGGUAGAGGAGAGGCUUGUACAGAACUUAAAACCCCUGGAGUGAAAAUCAUCCUACAGAUCACUUUGUCGAAGUCCUUGUCGCAUGCACGCCAUGGUCACAUUAUAAGAGAGAGGUAUUAAUUAUAAACACACAUGUAAGAUGAAUGACGUUUCUAUGUUGUAAUGAGAGUGCACUUGCUUGCUGUGAACCACGUGUGAGGAAGUGUUACUACUUCUGCUGCAGUAUUCUUUUGUUUAUUCAUGUCUUACAAUACUUCAAAUCUUUGAAAUAGGAAGCUGAUUUUAGGCAUUGUACUUCACCUGUUUACUGUUGAAAUGAAUGCAGGUGCAUCAGUAUUACUUCAGUUUAGUUUUUUUUUUUAAAUUGUAUGUAGGGCAUGCCUUUAGUCUUGGCACCCGAAAUUGUUUGCAAGUCUCCCAGUCCUGAAUAGUAUGUUCAAGUCUCAUUUUAUAGAAUAACUGUUUGCACUUUGAUAGGUAGCUGCUUGUUAAUAUCUUUCUUACUCAAAAUAAGAACAUUAAUUAAAACUGUUGGGGCAUUUUUCUUAGCCCGCAGCUA